ACAUGGGGGGCUGGAGCCCCAGUGCUGCAUAUUUGGGCUCUGUCACGGAAGUCUCGCGAGCCUGGCGCGACGCACUAGGUGGCGCGUGGGUUUGGCGACUGUAGCGCUUGCUCUUGUCUGUCUGGCUCCCCGCUCCAGGCGUUUCCGCGGCCUCCCACGAGCCCUCUUCAGUGCGUGUCCUCAGGCCGCCCGCCCUGGGCAGAAUGGGGGACAGCAACAGCCCCAUCAGCGUGAUUCUGGUGAGCUCGGGGAGCAGGGGCAAUAAGCUGCUGUUCAGGUACCCCUUCCAGAGAAGCCAGGGGCACCCGGCGUCCCAGACAAAUAAGCCUCGUAGCAGAUAUGCUGUUAACAACACUGGAGACCAUGUCGAUGACCAGGAUGGUGACUCCAGCGAGCCAUGUCCUCCAACCGAUGAGCAAUUGGUUGCAGGGUUUUCAGAUGUCAUUCUGGCAACAAUUUUGGCAACCAAGUCUGAAAUGUGUGGUCAGAAAUUUGAACUGAAGAUCGAUAACGUGCGAUUUGUUGGGCACCCGACCCUGCUGCAGCACGCUCUGGGACAGGUCUCAAAAACAGAUCCAUCCCCAAAAAGGGAAGCUCCCACCAUGAUUCUUUUUAACGUGGUGUUUGCACUGAGGGCCAAUGCAGACCCAUCGGUGAUAAACUGUCUGCACAACCUCUCCCGACGCAUCGCCACUGCGCUGCAGCACGAGGAGCACCGCUGCCAGUACCUCACUCGGGAGGCCAAGCUGAUCCUAGCACUACAGGACGAGGUGUCCGCCAUGGCUGACGCAAAUGGUGGUCCUCAGUCCCCGUUCCAUCACAUCCUGCCCAAGUGCAAGUUAGCCAGGGACCUCAAGGAGGCUUACGACAGCCUGUGCACAUCUGGUGUGGUGCGGCUCCACAUUAACAGCUGGCUAGAGGUGAGCUUCUGCCUGCCACACAAGAUCCACUAUGCUGCCGCAAGCCUCAUUCCCCCCGAGGCCAUCGAGCGGAGCCUGAAAGCCAUCCGCCCGUACCACGCCCUGCUGCUGCUCAGCGAUGAGAAGUCCCUGCUGGGCGAGCUCCCACUCGACUGCUCCCCGGCCCUGGUGCGUGUGAUCAAGACCACAUCUGCUGUGAAGAACCUGCAGCAGCUGGCCCAGGAUGCAGACCUGGCCUUGCUUCAGGUGUUCCAGCUCGCGGCUCACCUGGUAUACUGGGGAAAGGCCAUCAUCAUCUACCCGCUGUGUGAGAACAACGUCUACAUGCUGUCCCCCAAUGCCAACCUGUGUCUGUACUCUCCAUUGGCCGAACAGUUCUCCCGCCAGUUCCCGGCUCAUGACCUGCCAUCUGUCCUCGCUAAGUUCUCCUUGCCUGUCUCCUUGUCAGAAUUUAGAAACCCCCUCACACCCCCUGUGCAGGAGGCCAUGGCUCUCGUCGUCCCUGCCGGCCCGGGCCUCUCACUGCCUGUCCCGCAGACCCAGCUCAUCCAGAUGGUGGUGUGGAUGCUGCAGCGCAGGCUUCUUCUCCAGUUGCACACCUAUGUUCGCCUGAUGGUCUCACCCAGUGAGGACGAGCCCCACCCUCGAGAGGACGACGUCCCCUUCACUGCCAGGGUCGGCGGCCGCAGCCUCAGCACGCCCAAUGCCCUCAGCUUCGGUUCCCCAACCAGCAGUGAUGAUAUGACCCUAACCAGCCCAAGCAUGGACAACUCCAGCGCAGAGCUCCUCCCCAGCGGGGACUCGCCGCUGAACAGGAGGAUGACGGAGAACCUGCUGGCCAGCCUGUCGGAGCACGAGCGGGCAGCCAUCCUCAGUGUGCCCGCAGCCCAGAACCCUGAGGACCUCCGCAUGUUUGCCAGGCUCUUACACUACUUCCGCGGCCGCCACCACCUGGAGGAGAUCAUGUACAACGAGAACACACGGCGCUCCCAGCUGCUCAUGCUCCUGGACAAGUUCCGCAGCGUGCUGGUGGUGACCACCCACAAGGACCCAGUCAUCGCCGUCUUUCAGGGUCUGCUCCCGUGACCCUGGGCUGAGGACACAGACAGCCUCUGCCUUCUCUUCUGUCCUCAGAACAGUCUCAGAGGCUCCAACCUGGGAAGGCAAGGCUUGGAGCUGGAGGGAGUGUCCGGAACCCAUGCCUCUGAGUAAGGCCCACAUGCUCCCCACACGCACGUGGGCCCCGCGUUUCUCAGACUCUCUUCCUGACCCUGCCCAUGCUCCCUGGCCCCCUCCACUGCUGCCCUCCUCGCCAUCAUGGGAGCACAGUGCCCCUGCCCUUCUGAUGGCCAUCAAGAGUGUGAGGUCUCAUUGCCAGGUCCACCUCUUGCUACUGUCCUAUGUUGGUCACCAGGAGGCUGGUGGCCAAGCUGUCGCCCCUUUGACACCUAAGGCAAGAGGAUCAGGGCUGGCCCAGGUCCCGCAGUCAGGCCUGGUUGAACACGUUCCCUCUGCUCCUCGUGGGCAUGUGUGCACCUGUGUUCACUGUCCCCUGGGGACAUGACAGGCCCGAGGAAGGACGUGUCCACAGUGGGCCUGGUUCUCUACAACGCGUGCUGUGCAUAGAGCCCCCAGUGUCCUGUCCAAACAUGCUGACCAGUGUGAGGCUCUGGCUGAAAUACAAGCAACACUAUUUUCUAGAAGUAAGGCAUUUAUUUGAUUUUUAAACAAUUAAAAAGUCGUGUCCGA